AUGUGUGCAGUAUCAUUGCUAAAAGAUGAAGCGUAUCGAUGGUGGACAACUUUAACACAGAUGGUUCGACCAGAGUGCCAGACUUGGGAAUUCUUUUUGUCAGAGUUUAAGAAGAAGUAUGUUGGGGCCUUAUAUAUAGAGGAGAGAAGAAGGGAGUUCUUAUACCUCAGACAGGGCAGGCUUACAGUAACUGAGUACGAGCGAGAAUUUGUCAGACUUAAUAAGUAUGCCACAGAGAUAGUUCCUACAGAUGAAGAAAGAUGUAAACGCUUUGAGCAAGGAUUACAUGCUGAUAUCAGGAUGUACCUCACAGCUAUGCAUAUCAGGGAACUUUCAGUUUUAGUAGAGACGGCCCACAGCCUGGAGCGAAUUAAAGAAGAAGAGCAAAGUAGAAGGCAGAAAGGGCAACAGAAGAGGAGUCAGAGCCAGUAUCAGGGACAAUCCUCUGCAUCUUAG